AUGAGUUUGCUGCGGAUAAUCGCAUCGACAGCCGUGGGAAGUGGGGCUAAGCCGGUACUGGCAUAUAGGUUACCGAUGCUUGGUCGUGCAGUCCUAUCUAGUUAUAGUACAGUCAUGAUGCAUGGACUUCGCUCUCAGAAACAGAUACGUUCUGGAGCGCCGCUGAUAUACAGCCGGUUUUAUUCGAAGAGUAGUGGUGGCAAUGGCGGGGAAGGCGGAUCGUUCGCAUCAUCAAAUGGAACAUCCAAAUCUGCUAAUGGUGUCUCUAAGAAAGCGAGUUCAGAGGCAGCCUCGACAUCUGGGCCUGGUCUUGGGUCUAAGCCUAGCACAACGCCACAAGCGGUUUCUCAUGCGGUAUUAGCAACCAAAGAGCAGGAAGCAAAUAGGGAUUUGAACAAUCCAGAUGCACAAGCUACCUUUUACAGACUGUUGCUACAAUCUAACUAUCCACAAUAUGUUGUUUCGAGAUUCGAAACGCCGGGCAUUGCAUCAUCUCCCGAAUGCUCAGAACUGUACAUGGAAGCAUUGCAGAGGAUAGGAAGGCAUGCAGAAGCUGAUACCGUGAGGCAAACAUUGUUGACGGCAAGUUCUGCUGGUGCUGUAAAUCCGUCUCUUGCAUCCUCGUCAGUUAAUUCUCCAGCAUAUCAUGGUACUUUCCCCUCGUUGUAUACAGCAUCUUAUGGAUCACGCAAGGAGCCUCUGCAUGUUGUUGUUACGGAAUCUACAUUUGCUAUAGUCUCAAGAUGGGUGAAAUGGUUAAUUAUUUUUGGUUUGUUGACAUAUGGAGUGUCAGAAGCUUUCAAAUACAUUAGUGAAAACACAACUUUAUUGAAGUCGUCUGAAGUGGCUGAUAAGUCCGUUGAUGUUGCAAAGACUAAUGUUAGAUUUGAUGACGUACGUGGUUGUGAUGAGGCUAGAGCAGAAUUGGAAGAAAUUGUUGACUUUUUAAAAGAUCCCGCUAAGUACGAAUCUCUUGGUGGGACUUUACCAAAAGGUGUUUUGUUAACAGGGCCACCUGGCACGGGUAAAACUUUGUUGGCAAGAGCAACAGCAGGUGAAGCUGGUGUUGACUUUUUCUUCAUGUCGGGAUCUGAAUUUGAUGAAGUUUACGUUGGAGUUGGAGCCAAACGUGUUCGUGAAUUGUUUUCACAAGCACGUGCUCGUGCUCCAGCGAUUAUCUUCAUAGAUGAAUUAGAUGCUAUUGGUGGCAAACGUAAUCCAAAGGACCAAGCUUACGCAAAACAAACUUUGAAUCAACUUCUAGUCGAAUUGGAUGGUUUCUCUCAGACAAGUGGUAUUAUCAUUAUAGGUGCAACCAAUUUUCCAGAGUCGCUAGAUAAAGCUCUCACAAGACCAGGAAGGUUUGAUAAAGUUGUAAAUGUUGAUUUGCCUGACGUUCGUGGUCGUGCGGAUAUUUUGACACAUCAUAUGAAAAAGAUAACAUUAGCAUCUGACGUUGACCCAACGAUCAUUGCUCGUGGUACUCCUGGAUUAUCAGGUGCAGAAUUAGCUAAUUUGGUCAAUCAAGCAGCUGUAUACGCAUGUCAAAAAAAUGCAGUCGCUGUUGAUAUGCUACAUUUCGAAUGGGCAAAAGAUAAAAUUCUGAUGGGUGCAGAAAGGAGGACGAUGGUCUUAACCGAUGCUGCAAGAAAAGCUACUGCUUAUCAUGAGGCGGGUCACGCAAUUAUGGCAAUGUUCACGCAAGGUGCUACUCCUCUAUACAAGGCCACUAUUCUACCAAGAGGCAGAGCUUUGGGUAUAACUUUCCAAUUACCUGAAAUGGAUAAGGUUGAUAUAACACGGAAAGAAUGUUUGGCACGUCUCGACGUUUGUAUGGGUGGUAAAAUAGCCGAAGAAUUGAUAUAUGGAAAAGAGAAUACGACAAGCGGAUGUGGGUCUGAUUUGCAAAGUGCAACAGGCACAGCCAGAGCGAUGGUGACUCAAUAUGGGAUGGGUGAUCAUGUUGGACCUGUGAAUCUAGCUGACAAAUGGGAGACAUGGUCUGAUAAAAUUCGAGACAUUGCUGAUAAUGAAGUAUUGGAAAUACUUAAAGAGUCAGAAAAAAGGACAAAGAAAAUUUUAACGGAGAGAAAUGUUGAAUUACAUAGAUUAGCUGAGGGAUUGAUAGAGUAUGAAACCUUGGAUGCAAAGGAGAUUGCGAAAGUCUGUAAAGGUGAGAAAAUCAAUAAAAUGAAAGCUACAACGAACAAAGUAGUUGAAGGUCCCGAUAGUGAUGAGCGUAAAGAUGCAAAUGACAAAUCGAAAAGGCCAGCUUUAAUAAAAGCUUGA